UGGAUCGACAGCCGUACACGGGAAUAUUGAAUCGCGCCUAUGUGCUAAAUGAUCGAGAACCCUGUGUUGAUCCACAGGACAACAUUCCUGCUGCAUGCUUCUAAUUGGGCCAGUUUCCUUCUACAGUCUUCGUGGUUGAGGCGCGCUGAAUACAUAGUCUUGCACUAAAUGAGACCGCAUAAUGGGGAUUAAAGAGCUAUUGAAAUUACUGUCAUUUGUAGUUGUUAGUUAUUACCGAUAGAGAUGUGGCGUUUAAUGCUUGAAUUUUAAUUGAUCUUGAAUACGAUUUCUCUUUUCGUCGAUAUAACACCGAGUCUUUGCAGAAGUUAGCGCUUACUUUUAACUUGCACGGAUUCACCAGCACUCGCGGAAGAAAACUUGGACCGUGUGGCCGGAUCCCUAGAUUGUAUAGUUUCUGAAAGAACACAUUCCUACUGUAUCGAUAUCCGGCAGCUUGGGUUGCAGCCGUCAUUAGAUUAGGCAUUAGAAGUUGGCUUGUCAUUAGUAUCACAGCGUUUAUACGUACACGAUGAGCCUGUAUCCGACUGCAACCAUUGUCAAGAGCGGCGGCAUACCUGCUUCCAACAAUAUCGCUGGCCACAACGGUGCAACUGGAUCGCAGCAGCCAAUUCCCGCCGCGCCGGCCACCAAUGUGUUAACGGCUCAGAAUCCCACUACAUCGAACAAACAUCUGAGCCCAGCCAGUACCAGUUCCGAAUGGCCGACUGGAAAAACCGGCUCAGGCAAACUAAAAGCUGCACCCCAACAUCGGGCCUCCAUUUUCGAUAGUUUUGUGACGGUGAAAAAUAGCCUUCGCAGCCCGCAGCUGGGAGUGGAUCAAAUGGAAGUGGCGGAAAACGUUACGCGUUCGCGAAGUUUCGUUGUGACCCGUGAUCGUCUAACGCGUUCCCGCAGCGACGACAUAUCUGAACUGGAUGACCAGCCUGAUGAUUCAUCGGCAUCUGUCACGGAUGUUAGAGUUCACAUUCAAAGGGAAAAUUCAUUACUGUCAAUCGGAACGAUUACACCGCGGAUCCCUGGACAACCCCGCACACCGUCUGGAAGUAUAGCAUAUGUUGCGUGGGAAGAUCAUGAUAGUACCUCGACCGUGGCGACCUCGCAACCUCCGUUGAAAAUAUGGACGGAAGAAGCCCUCCUGCAGUUUGGCCAAACUGCUUACCAUGACGAGAAUUUAUCGCAGAUAACGGAUUAUUUGUACAUCGGUGACAUUUACGCUGCAAACAAUGAUCAUUUGAUGUGUCGAUUAAAUAUUGAUGCAAUUGUUGAUAUGAGUAAUCUUCGGCCCGCUGAUGUCCGGAAAUUAAAGGCUUGCCAUAUUCCCUGCACUUGUCCAAUUAGCACCAAUCAUCAACGAGCGAAACUGAUCCUCGGCGUCAAAAAUCAAGAAUCGGAGGACAUCCAUUUGUACUUCGACGAAAUUAAUCGGUUUAUUGAAUCAAUCCGACGAAGCGGCAGGAAAGUGCUAGUGCAUUCUGUGCGUGGACAAGGCCGGUCGGCAGUGGCUGUGAUUCAGUACCUGAUGCAGGUUCACCGUUUGAACAUGCAGGCAGCGUUUCGGGUUACCAAAUUAGCCCGUGUCCUGAAAAUCAACCCGGGCUUCCGGGAGACUUUGGAGUUUUUAGAAAGCCAAUUAAGACGAGAAGGGAAACUUCCACCGGCGGAAAGAAAGCAUCGCCUGGCUCCCAGGCUUAUUGUUUAAUAAACGUCCUCUAACCAUGGCUAGUCCUGAAAAUGGAAAGGCUUAGUCAUGCUCGAUAAUUAUUUCUGAUAUCAUGAACCGCAUAUUCCACAAUUUCAGCACCAUAUGUUUGUACAAUUACGUGGUUUUUGCACCAUAGGCUAUUUUGUGCGACCAAUGGCCGCCGCUGAGUUUUAUAAACAAAAUCGUUCAUGAUUAACUAUACAUAUUAAUAAUUCAUAAUUCACAAAAUUUAAUGUUGUAUUGCAUGCACAUGAUUUACUAUGAAGUUGAUAUGCAUCUGUAUGUAUUAUAAUAUAGAUAUUUGCUCCAUAUAAAAAAUGGAAGAGCAAAGUUUCUUUGGUCGGCAA